AUGAAUGGUAUCAUUCGGAUUGAUUCCCACCAGGGACUCACCAUGACCAUGAAGAAAAAGCCAACGGCAUCACCCACCAAGGGCCAUCACCUCUCCAGAUCAUCCCGGCCAACGCUCAACAACCCUCCAGUCAGCACCCUAGUCAUGCUUCCCUCACUCGUCAGUAAUGCCAUGACCAGCACGGUAGGAUGGGCCAAGGGUGAGACCGACAACCUGUUGGAGCUGGAAUACAAGGAAGAAAUCUUUCAAUACAUGAAGCAAAUGGAGACAAUGGCCGUACCUGAACACAUGGACCUUCAACCCGAACUCACCUGGGACUUGAGGCCGCUCCUGGUCGAUUUCUUGAUCGAGAUACACAACCACUUCAACCUCCAACCCGAGACGCUCUACUUGGCCAUGAACAUGAUGGACCGGUACCUCUCCAAACGCGUCGUCUACAAGAAGCACUACCAACUCGUCGGUAUGACUUCUCUCUGGAUCAGCAGCAAAUACGAGGACUCGAAAGAAAAACUUCCCUCGGUCUCACAACUCUGCAAGCUGUGCAGCAACACCUACGACGAGGCGGCUUUCAUUACGAUGGAGCGACAUAUCCUCAAGACGCUCGAUUACAGUCUAGGACACCCCACCGCAGAGGCCUUUCUGAAGAAGGAUUUGGAGAUGGCGGGGCAGGAAGAUCAGGUCUUGAAGCACGUUGCCCAAUUCUUGAUGGAGCUUACCAUGUUCCAGCGGUGCUUCCUUUCCUUUGGGUCCUCUACCGUCGCUGCCAGCGCCCUCUUCCUUGCACGCAGCAUUUGCCGAAAGCAGAUCGUGGUGCCUAAUGACCCCAACGUGUUUGCAUGCAUCCAAUACCUCGACAACAGCUUGACCAACGUGUCCAAGACCGUGCACGAAAAGUACGCUCGUUCACGUCUGUCACAGGCAAGCAUUGUUGUCAAGGAGUGGGUCGAUAACGGUGGCCGUGCCCUGAUCCAACCCAUCUCCACCACGGAAUGCUCCAAUCCCCUUUGGACUCUCUCCAACAUGCUCUGGCAACCACCAUCGCCUAUCCCUUCAACCUUCCCCACCUCCACCUCCACACAAGGAACUAACCCAGCAGAGUGCCAGACUGGGUACAGUAGCAGCAACAGUAACAACCACACUGGCUACAACGCACAGACUCAGCAGCAGCAAUUAGCACAGCCACAAAAGCAGCCACCAGUUCAGCCACAGCCACAACACCAUCACAACCACCAUCAUGCUCAACAGCAACAGCCACCACAACCACAGCAGCAACAACAGCAGCAGCAGCAGACACACCGCUCGCAACAACCUCACCAGAUGCAUUCUGGUCGCCACCACAGCCAUUCGGCCUCCUCUUCAAUACAUUCCCAGUACGCCCCUCCAAACCAUCAUCACCACCAACAGCAGCAGCAUCACCAAAGGACAGGAUCGAGCGUCUCUGCACACCAUGUUGCCUAUGCAGCGUUGCCACAACAGCCCCAACCAGCCGUCAUUACUCACCAGACGACGUAUGAUAUCCGGCCGGCGGGGUCUGAUUGUGGGGCACGAUGGGUAGACAUCAACGUGGACAUGUAG